AUGGAGCCUCAGCUGGCCAAAGCUGCUGGCACAGCCCAGCUCCCGCGUCCGCUGGCCAAGGGCUGGUGUACCUCCCACCCUUCCACCCUCCACAUGGUCAUUGAGGCGCUGCAGGCCCAGGAUGAGAAGAAGGGCACCUCUGUGGUUGCCAUCAAGCGGUUCAUCCUAGCCAAGUACCCCACGGUGGACCCCAUCCGCCUCAAGUACCUGCUGAAGCAGGCGCUGAUCAAGGGGCUGAGCCGUGGGGACCUGGUGCGGCCCCGCAACUCCUCUGCUGUGGGAGCCACCGGCCGCUUCAAGGUGAGCGGGGCUACUGGCCCCAGAGUGGUGGGGCCGGAGCCAUGGUGCCACCUGGCCCCACUGCUGCCCUUCUUCUGCCCCCAGUUAGCCCCCAAGAAGCUGCAGCACAAGCAGCCACCAGGCCAGGAGGAUCCUGAUGGAGGACCAGCUCCAAAACCGGGACAGAAAGGUGCCACCAAGCCCCCCCAGGCCCCUGCAGCAGGUGCUGUGAAAGAGAAGCCAACAGCAAAGGCGAAGGGGGUGGUGACAGCAGGGAAGGAGAAACCAACAGUAGCCAAAGUGAAACCGACGGCAGGAAAGGAGAAAUUGACGGCAGCAAAGGAGAAGGUGAAGGAGAAGAUGCAGAAUAAGGCGACAGCGGUGAAGGAGAAGGCAGCGACAGCGGAGAAGGAGAAGGUGAAGGAGAAGGCGGCGACAGCGGUGAGGGCGAAGGCCCGGCCGCCAGCAGCAGCGAAGCCCAGAAGCAAUGGAGUGAAGCCCCCAGAGGCUGCUAGCCACCCCAGCCAAGGGUAUUUGCAGCCCCCCAUGGCUCUGGCUGCUGAGGACGCAGGGGGAGGCGACGGCGACAGCCUUGGGGGUGCUGGGGUGAAGGGGCCCCGAAAGGUCCCAGUGGGAAAGAGCAAGGGGAAGGCGCCCAAGGGGGUACAGCAAGAUGCCCCCAAGGUGAAGGGGGGUCAAGGCAAGGCGAGGAAGCCCCGGGCAGCCCCAGGAGCUGGGCAGGGGGAGGCUGGGCAGCAGAAGGCAGCCCCCCCAGCAGCAGGCAGGAAGGCACCAUAG